AUGGAGCUCUUGCUUCAUGUCAUUCGUUCGUUGAUCCGGCAGACUAUUACGAUGGAUGUGCUGUCACGUUGCCAGACGACGAUCUGCUGUGUGAGACGCUAGCUGAAUAUGCUCAAACAUGCCGAGAACGCGGUGGAGAACCCGGCGAUUGGAGAAAAGAAUCGCCACGUUGUUCAAUCACGUGCGAUGGCAACAAAGUGUACAAUCUUUGUGCAAGUGCUUGUCCGGCUACAUGUGCAUCGAUGGAAGGCGUGGAUGAUUGUCCAAAUGCAUGUAUUGAAGCUUGUGAAUGUCCAGAGGGUACACUGCUUAACGGUAACACGUGUGUUCAGCCGUCUCAAUGCGGAUGCACAUGGGAUGGUGUUUACUACCAG